GUCUCCUUGACAACACAUAAACGUCGGCCAUAUUGGAUUAACAAAAUGGAGUUGUGUUGACAUUGCAUGCAAAAAAUCUUCUUAUUCUUUUGGUUUGAACGUUUCUUCGAUUGACAAUGGCCACUCAAACACAAACACUUCGAAAGGCACCCGUUCAGAUGUCAAGAACUCAUGAUUAUCUCUACGAUAAUCUGCAUGUUCUUGCGAGUGAACGGGACCAUGCUAGAGCCACAUUUAAAGCCCACACAAGUACGGACAGAGUUAAACGGGUGCCAGUCUACAAGACCAUGUUCAGUGAAUUGCGACAUCAUCCAAGGUUCCAAAUGCGACUUGAUGUCACUGAUCCUGUCCCAAAGUUUGUUUCUCGUCAGUGGCGAGGUUAUGCUGAUCAGCACAGGGAGCAGAUUCUGCGAUACACAACAUUUAAUUACGAUCCUAGUGUACAAGUUCCAGCAAAGGAGUAUUCUACUGCUAAUGUACGAGGAAAUGACAGGUACAAGUUUUUCAGGAGGCCCAUCAUUCCAUUCUUACAACAAGUUCCUCCAGAGGUUUUAUUGGCAACUACAAGACAUGAUCCCCUUGCUGGGCCAGAUAUGGCUGUGGAAAGGCCUCCAACCCCAUUGACCCGUACGGUGGAGAUCCAGACAGAUUACAGAGAUUCAGAGGCUCAGACGGACCCUUACACGCCAGAGUAUGUUGUGAGGCCAGGUUCUGCCCCAGAACUUCUAACCUUGGCUACACUCUCUUAUGGACGUGGAUUACCAGCUGGCUUGGCCGAGGUGGAAAUGAUUGAACGUGCACGAGCUAAACGUGCAUGGGAGGCUACCCUACCACCAUUGAAUGAUACUUCCCAACUAGAGAAGCGCAAGAAAAUGAUGGAUGAAAUGGAAAGGAAAGAAUGGGCUCUUAGAGAAUCAGAGAUAGAAAAGUUGCAAGAGGCAAGACUGGAAGUACUGAAACAAUUACUGAAACAAAGAGAAGAAAAUCAUCAAGAAUUAAACAUCAAAAGACUUGAUAAAUUAUGGUCAAAGAAACAAAGAGAAAAAGAGGGAAGGAUAAAGAAGAUCAGAAAUGAGCAUAUCAAAACUAUUAGGAAACUUACAGAAAAGAGGAGAAAAGUUGAAGGAAAACUUGAGCGCAGAGAUGUUAUCAAUGACUUCUCCAAUUUCGGCUCCCAGUCUUACGCCCCACUUACUCGUGUUGGUAUCUUUAUUGAUCGCGGUUCAGAACAGUUUGUGGUGAAGAGUCGUCACUUAAAUACAUAUCAGGGUCUGAUGGAGCUGGAGGCAUCACUACCGGACUUUGUCACACAGCCAAGAAUUAAAGCACCUAGACCAAAGACGGUAACAAAGACAGGCUUUGUGAAACGUAAAUACAGACAAGAAGUUGAACUCAUGGACAUGCAUAACACGCUAAAGGAGGAGAAGUUGAAGGGUCAAGAGGAGCCAAAACCAUUGAGAUUCCUUCAGAAGAUUGAGAAGCCGAUACCAAGACCCCCGACGCCGAACGUGGAAGUCCCAUCUGAGGAGGAAGAGGAGAGAGAGUUGGGCGUGAUCUUCUUACAGCAGGUGAUACGAGGACGAGCUAUUCAGAAUAUGAUGUAUGAAGGAAAGGAGAAGCGCAUGGAGCUGAUACGAGAGUUGCGCAGCACACAUGCAUUACAGGACGCUGAACAGACAAUGAAGAAACAAGAGAAACAAGCAACACUUGCAUUACAGAGACAGAGAAGGUUACAUGAACAUCAGGAAUCAUUAGUGGAUGAAGCAUUAGCUAAGGUUGAAGGUGAAAGUCUUGGUGACAUGUUUGACUUCCUUAGUAAGGAACUGAUCAGGCUUCAGGAGGAGCGCAGAAUUCACGCUUUCUCCAUGCUGGCUGAGCGACAGAGAAGAAUCCGAGAGGCAGAGGAAAGUGGACGACGACAGGUGGAGGAGAGAAGACGUAGAGAGGAAGAUGAAAUAUUUAAACAGGUUGUCAAUGUUCAUCAGAAUAGUGUUGACAGUUACCUAGAAUCUAUUGUACUUGAUUCAAUAGACAACACUGCUGAUGCCCAGGCUAGAUUCGAGGUCUCAGAACUUGCUACCAAGAUAAAUGAUGUUGCAUAUGACAUGGAGGAUAAACGUUCUCAACUUGAAUCAGAAGAAAUUGUUGCUGAUCUUGUCCACUGCUUCCUUAUACCUGAAGUGAAAAAGCAAACAGUCAGAGAAAAAAUAAAACGUGACCAGAGGAAGUUCCUGUUAGCUGCUCAUAAGGAGAUUCAUAAAGAUAGUGAAGAUGUGAUAUCCAUGUAUCCACGAGUCCCAAAAACUGCCGAAACAUCAAGUACAACACCCACGCCUGAUACACCUCAGAAGUGAUCAUUCCAUUAACUAUAUUUGACAAUUUUUGCAAACUAGAUGUAUCUUUUUCUGAAAUAAAAAUAGUAUAACAUAAAAGCUACAGUUUUUUCAAUAUUUACAUGGUGAGGAAGAGUGGUUCAUUGGAAUAUGGUGAAUGCAAAUAUUUGAAAUCAUUUUCUAUUUAUUAAACUGUGGUUUUUAUGUCUCUUAGUUGCCUGUUUAAAGUUGAUAUCUUGUGAGAACAGGUUUGUACCAUGGUAUGUACUUUACUCAAAACAAGGGCAAGUGAUGUAUGAACACAGAUUAACUAAAUUAGAUCAUACAGUAUUUCACCAUCUUGGAAACGUUUUAUAUUUAUAUGAUAUCAGAAAUGUAGAGAAUGAAGUUGAGAAGCUGUGUUUGGUGAAUGAAAUGGAAUAUGUCCUUGAUGUACAGAGUCUAAUAUCAUUUAAUAUGUCAUUUAAUGGAUGAAACCUGUUAGGAAGAUUAUUAUAGGUAUAUAUGUAUAGUCUAAAUCAAUACAUGCUUGAGUUAUGCAGAGAGAUACUGCAAAACCUAGAAGCCCAGUGUUAUACCUUGAAUGAAUGAGUGCAUUUUUUAAUGCAAAGUCACUAACCUUUUUAGUACAUAAGAAUCUGAAUGGAUAAUUAGUAUAUACAAUUUUCUUUACCUUGGCAGAAUUGAAAAUAAGGCUGUUAAUGAAAUUUCUUAAGCAGUGUCACCCAUCAUGAAAUUUGCAGGUCACUAUGGGAAAAUAUUGAUGUCUCUUGUCCUGUUAGUAGAAGUUUAGAAAUAAGUAUGUAAUAAUGUGUAAUAUAUGGCUUUGCCAUUCUGUAUGUUUUGAUAAAAAAAAAUAGUAUCUGUGAUAUUUCAUUUUAUUGUUUAUUUAUUGCAUCUUUUAGAUUUUACAGAAUGUUUGUAUAUAAAUUUGUAAUUUGCUAAAAAUACAAUGCUUGAAUCAGUAUUGUUUUAACUCCUUAAAAAUUAGCAUCAGUAUAAUGGUGAAACCUAAAUGUUUAUGUUCUUAAGUAUGAAAAAAUGUUAUCUUUUUUUUAUGAUAUAUACUCUGCAUAUUUUAAGGUAUUAUAGAUAUUGUUGAAAACAUUUCUUCUUUGGUACAGUUCAAUACUGUAUCUGUACAUUGCAACAUUUAAUUUUGAUUGUGUUUCUUAUGUAACUGAAAUAAAUAAAGUGACACAGGUUAAUUAUCAAGCACUCUAUAAGUCAUGUUUUUUUUGUGUUUUUUUUGUAUGAAGGAAGUCGUAAAUAAAUAAUCAUUGAAGAAAAAUUAUUUUUUUGUGUGUUCAUUUCUGAUUAUAUAUGAGUCAUUUUUUUCUUGUUCUGAUGUUAAGUGAAAUAAUGCUACAGCUAGACUAGCCACUAGACUGAUAAUAAAGAAUUUGUCAUAGAAUUUUAGAUUCUUAUGACUUAUUUUAUGUAAUAGUGACAAAUGUCUGUCUACACUACAGAUUUUCUCAGAGAAGAGAUUCCAGUAUUAUCAAAUCAGAUCUAGGUUAUAGACUGGCCAUAUCCACAACUUUAAGAAUAAUUUCAUUAAAAAUAUAUGUCAUAGUCUAGGAGCUAGUCUAUGCUUCAGCAUUUAGAGAUAAAGCCUUUACCAAAGUUAUCUCAGAAUGCUUCUUGAAGGGUUGAAAACUUUUUGUUAAUUGACAGAAAAACUGCAUCCCUGUAUCUUGAGAUGUAUAUUAUUCCAAAAUGUAUUUGUUUUAGUGGAUAAAUUCCUGUGAAUAUCAGUUUGUUAUCAAAAUUAUUUCUUUACAAUAAACAUAAAUGAAAUCA